UUAUGAAUAUUUUAUUUCAUGGUUAAUAUGUUUAAUUGUGAAUAUUUUAUUUCAUGUUUAAAAUAUUUGAUUAUGACUAUUUUAUUUCAUGGUUAAAAUGUUUAAUUGUAAUCCUGUUUGUUCUUUGACCUGUGACCUUUGAUCUGUGAAUGGGAAGUGACGUACAUGCAGAAAGAGAGGAAAAAAAAAAAAAAAGACCGCUGACGGCAGGGAGAGACACACGUUUUCCGACAGCAAGCGCUACUGCUGGAGCUUUAUGCUCAUAUUACUGAGUUUGUUUGCAUGUUUCUGUACUACAGAUUGUCAGUGAGAGUGAGAGUCUGUGAAAGGACAUGUAAUGAGACCGCUGGGUAAGCGACAGAUAAUUUCUACUCGAAGUUAAGUUCUGUUACUUAGCCUUUUAUUCAUUAGCUAAGUGAGCGGCUAAGCUAAUUAGCAUUACAACCGGACUGUGGCUUCAGUUAGCUAACGCAGCUAGCCUAUCCUGGAUUGUUUCCGACCUGGAGACGGCGAGAGGGACACCAGAUAGCGCUCUGAGCGACCGGGAAAACUCAGAGUUCCUCUGGCAACGUGGGAAAAUAAGAGGAGAGCUUUGCUGGGGUUUGCCAUGGAUCCAUCUGCUAAAGGACUGAGGCUAAAGGACGGUAGGAGUCACUGGACAUGGAGAGAUCGCUGGACAAAGACUUCUCUCUAAACACCAGCUGAUCCUGGUUCUGGAUGGAAGCCUUGGAAUGAAGCUGCUGCUGAUGUUUGUUCCUCAGGAGUAGAAACUUCUCUUCAAAGUUCAUUCUGCUUCGAGGCUGGUGCUGCUAUUUCCUGGAGUGAAGAAAGUUUCAGAACCAGUGACGGAAUCGACUGAUGAUGGCAGCUUUAAACUCAGUGAGUCAGACAGUGAUGGAAAGAAGCUUUUCUCAUGGUUCUGACCACAGACAGAACAAAGUGGACCAUGAUUUAAACAGACAGAACAUCAACAAAGAUCCAGAAAAACACCCUGCUGAACCACUAUAAAAAGGAAGUCAGUAUUUAAUCCCCAGAAAAACACGACUUCUUGGUGUAACUAAUGAAUAAAACCAGUAAGAUCAUAUUUAAUAAUUCACAUGUUAACAAUGUCCACAUCAUAAAUAGUUUCCAGUUUUCCAGUGUUUGGAAAAUAAAAUGUAUUGAAAUCAUCCGAGCCGCUGUUAGUUCACAGAUAUGUAUUAUUUAAAGGGAACGCUGUUGAACCUGCAGAGUUCUGAGCUUUAAUAUCUGACAGAACAAACCAGGUCACAUGUGGUUCUACUUCCUCAACUACAACAGUCUGAGCACGUGCAGAACUGCAACACGCAAACAUCCUGCUAGGAAGGACGCACACACACACACAUGCACGCACGCACAGAAACGCAAUAAACUGAGGGAACUAAACACACAAACAUGACUGAGCUGCUGCUGACGUAACAACAGUGUGUGUGUGUGUGUGUGUGUGUGUGUGUGUGUGUGUGUGUGUGUGUGUGUGUGUGUGUGUGUGUGUGUGUGAGAUAACAGGAACUCCUCACUAUGGGAGUCGUGUGAAGGGAACACUAGAUCACAGUAACACACUCUGUAUAUAAACUGAACUCUAUCCUUCGUCUUCGUGGUGAAAACAUUAAAAUCCUCCUCAGUUCAGUUCCUCUCAGAAACUCACUGCUGGGAGAAAAAGGAAGGAAAACUGCGAUUAUCUCAGGAAAACUGUGUCGUCCUGGUAGACAGCCAGAUGUAUUUUGGUUAGUCUUAGAGUCAGAUCUAGAGUUAGUCUUAGAGUUAGUCCUACAGUUAGUCUUACAGUUAAUCUUAGAGUAAGCGUAGCGAAUAAGCGUACACCAUCCAUCCAUGAAAAAUAAACAACCGAAGCAUAAACGGAGCUCCAACAAUCACAGGGAAACUAGCCAAACAUGAACGGGUUUAAAUUUUAUUUCUUUAAUAACACAAACUAAGUGCUGUGGCCACUAUUUACAGUGGUGGUUUGUGUGUGUUUGCUAGCUGCUAAUGUUAGCUUACUAACCUGGGAGCUGCUAUAUCCUUCCAUGCAUCGUCCUUUUUUGUCCGGUUGUGGUCAGAGGUGGAGGACACGUCUAAAAGGCUUCUGCCACAACUCUACCAGGCUUUUCUGGAACUCAGAAUUUGAUCGCAGCUUGUUUUUGGUCACCAUGACAACGGCCGUCCUUGAACCUGUCUCAUGGUGAGACAUAGGACCACCGAUUUAGAGCCACGACCAAAGAUAUCACCACUAUUCUCUCACCGUUGGUACCUUUGGUCUGGGACGGCUGGAAAUCACUCGGUGUGUAGAGGCCUUUAGGGCUAGUCUUUAGAUUAGUCUUAAGGUAAGUCUUAGGGUUAGUCUUAGAGUUCGUCUUAGAGUUAGUCUUUAGAUUAGUCUUAGAGUUUGUCUUAGGGUUAGUCUCACGGUUAGUUUUAGGGUUAGUCUUAGAGUUUAUCUUAUAGUUAAUCUUAGCUGCAGGACUUCAGAUUGCAAAUACAUUGAAAUGAAAUCUGAAACAUUUUAUUUCCUGUUGACUCUGAUCAAGUUCUCCUGGAUCGUCCAUCUUCUCCUCGGUGACGUGAAGUUCUCAGCUAGUUUGAAGCUUCUCAUGACGUUUUAUUCUGUCUCUGAUUCUUGGAGUUUUUAGCAGAACUGCCAUGAAGAUGCUGCAGAAGGUCAAGAAGUCUGUUCCCUUAGGAGCUAUCUGACUGUUCCUCUGAGGAUCCAGCUUCCUGUGGGGAGGAUUCUGAUUCUUCUGAAACACUUUCACCACAUUUCUGCAGUGACUGGAGCUGAUCAGCUGUUUCUGUUCCACCCACAGAAGAUGACUGAGUGAGUGCAGGAAAUGGACCAGAUGAUUUACGACAACCAGAGAAAAACAUGGAGAAGCAAACAGACGUUGUAAAGCUUCUGGUAUUCAGGAAAAUACUCAGUAACCAGAAUUUUGUUUAAGAUCGUCGUAUUUUCAGAGCAGUUUACCCAGAAGUCACUUUUUCCAGUGUUCUCUGGUGAACCAUCAGAGAACAGAACCACAUCCUAGACGUUCCUUCUCUACAUGACAUUUGGAUCUUCUGGUGACGUCACAUCAGAGCUAAUGGAGAAAAUGUUUUUAGUCCGGAAUGAAUUCUGAGCUUUCACAGUUUCAACAUUUAAAACCGGAUUAACCCUUUGAUGCACAACAUGGGUCAAAAGUGACCCAAAUCCAAUGGAAAAUGGGUUCUCCUGACCCACACUGCACAUCAAAGGGUUAACUGAAUGUAUCUUAUAAAAAAGAAUGAAAAACAACAUGACUAAAACCUGUUGCCAGUGCCUCAUCAUGCCUGAGUCAAGAUGUUUUCCCUUCACCGAGACCUAUUCCUAUUUACCUCACCCUUUACCUAACCCUAACCCUAUUUACCUCACCCUUCACAUAACUCUAUCCCUAUUUACUGAGCCCUUUAUUUUACCCUAACCCUGCUUACCUAACCCUUUACUUAACCCUAACCCUUUAGACUGAUUUACUGAACCCCAUCCCAGAAGAUCAGCUGAUAGAAGAGCAGCUGGUCUGACAGCUGUUAUAAAGAGGUAAACAGAACCAGUCCAGAGCAGGUAAACCGGUAGAACCCAGCAUUAGAACCCAGAGCUAGAACCCAGUCCUAGAACCCAACAUUAGAACCCAGUGUUAGAGCCCAGUGCAAGAACCAAACACUAGAAUCCAGUGCUAGAACCAAGCGCUAGACCCCAGUGUUAAAACCCAGUGCUAGAACCCAGUGCCAGAACCCAGGAUUAGAACCCAACACUAGAACCCAGUGCUAGAACUCAGUUAGAACCCAGAAUUAGAACCCAACACUAGAACCCAGUGCUAGAACCCAGCACUAGAACCCAGAGCUAGAACCCAGUGCUAAAACCCAGUGUUAGAACCCAGCAUUAGAACCCAGAGCUAGAACCCAGCCUGCAACUUUAAACUGUGUAUUUGUCUGGGAUAAAAGCAGAAAAUGGGAAAGAUCUGAUCUGAGAAAACAUCCAGAGCAGCAGAACCUUCUCAGGACCAUUGGUAGCUAAUGUUCCGUGUUGUUGUUCUGUGACGUCAGCUGAAAGGGAACCGGCCGGGUCCAGGUCCACGGUGCUAUUUCCUGGUGCAUGACAGAGAGGAAUGUUCCAAAGCAAACUGUGGGCAAAGAACCAGAGGCAGCAGCAGAACUCAUUCAUGCUUCUAUUAAAGGAGCUGUUCUCGGUGUGGAACUGUUCUGGAUGUUCUGUGUUCUGGUGACCAUAGUGGUUCCUCUUAUCCUGCUGAUCUUCUCAGGUCCAGGUCCAGGCCUAUCGGAUGGAUUCUGGAGCUGAAACAACAGAACAUUCUUGAGUUGUGCCGUGGUGGUCGUGACUCAGAGGAAUGCUGACAAACUGAUGGUCUUCAUGGACUUUAAGAGGAUCAGUACUUCACUGGAGAUCCAGAUCUUCACCUCAAAACAAACCACUUUUAUUUUGAAUGACUCCAUCAGAUAUUUGGAACCAGCUGAAGUUCUGACCUGUGAGCAGAUGUAGAGAUCAGUGUUAUUUCAUCCCUCCUCAGACUUCUGGUCUCCUCCAGCUGAGAACUUCCAGAGGAACGAGGAUAUGACCACAGAUUGGACCUCCUCAGCUGGAUCUUUGAGCAGCAGCAGCUCUGAGAACAUCAGGGAGGUUUGAUAAGAUCAGCUCCUUUUUCUCCACUGUGGUCCAGGAAGAAAACUGGAACUCAUUUGUAAAAGUUCUGUCAAGACCCUCCUGGAGAACCAUCUCAAACUGUUGGAUCCACUGUGGAAACUGAAAGAUCCUGUAAGGGUUCCCUUCAGAUCCUUAUAACAGGACACACACACACACACACACACACACACACACACACACACACACACACACACACACACACACACACACACACACACACACACGCUGUUGUCCUGCUGGAGGCCUGUGAUUGGUCCAAACAAUUCAAACCUUUUAAAUGUUUUUGUUUCUUUUUAGAACCGGACUGUGUUCUGGUCAGAAGGUGGCGCUGCAGGCUGACUAGCUGUGACGUGUGUUCUACCUGAAAUAAAGCAGAACCCAGAGAUCCCAGCAGAACAUGAACCAGUAGAACGUGAACCAGCAGAACAUGAACCAGGAGAACAGAGUUCUUCAGCUGUUAGAAACAAUAAUCAAUAUUUUACUGUUGGAUUCAUUGAUCAUCUGACAAUCAAUCAAUCAAUCCAGAGAACCUGCAGAACCUCAGGUAAACUGGACAAAGUCAACAGUACAUCAUCUGAAAGAACCCAACAGUGGAACCUUGAAAGAUCUCAGCCAGAACCUCCAACAGAACCUUUUAAAAAGAUCUUUUUAAAUAGAACCUUUUAAACAGAACCUGAAAUAGAACCUUUUCAACAGAACCUUCCAACAGAACCUGAAAUAGAACCUUUUUAACAGAACCUUCCAAAAGAACCUUAAAUAGAACGUUUUAUCCAGAACCUUUUAAAUUGAACAUUCCAACAGAACCUUUUAAACAGAACCUAAAAUAGAACCUUUUAAAUAGAACCUUCAAUGGAACCUUUUAAACAGAACCUUCCAACAGAACCUUAAAUAGAACCUUUUAAACAGAACCUCCAACAGAACCUUUUAAACAGAACCUUUUGAACAGAACCUUUUAAAUAGAACCUUUUGAACAGAACCUUUUAAACAGAACCUUUUGAACAGAACCUUUUAAACAGAACCUCCAACAGAACCUUUUAAACAGAACCUUUCAAAUAGAACAUUUUAAAUAGAACCUUUUAAACAGAACCUUUUAAACAGCCUCUUAAACAGAACUUCCAACAGAACCUUUUAAACAGAAUCUUUUAAACAGAAGCUUUUAAAUCGAACCUUUUAAACAGAACCUUCAACGGAACCUUUUAAACAGAACCUUCCAACAGAACCUUAAAUAGAACCUUUUAAACAGAACCUCCAACAGAACCUUUUGAACAGAACCUUCAACAGAACCUUUUAAAUAGAACCUUUUAAACAGAACCUUCAACAGAACCUUUUAAACACAACCUUUUAAACAACCUUUUAAAUAGAACCUUUUAAACAGAACCUUAGAAUAAUCUAAUCUGCACUUUGUCCAUUCAGAAGGAAUAAAACCACUAAUGAGUCAGAAAUGUGUGUGUGAGCGUGUGUGUAUAUAAGGCAGCUGAAGGCAGGAAGCAGCGGUGCUGUUUUCAAUUAGCGUUCCAGUCUAAAAGUCAUGUCGGGGUGGGAGGACUUUACAGGCAGACACACAACUCACUACACAACAACACAACUUGACACAACGCGAUGCACUGCAACAACACAACAUACUACAACACAACAUACUGCAACAAGAACAUGACACAACACUACAACAACAAAACAUAUUACAGCAACACAACAUACUACAACAAAACAUAUUACAACAACACAACAAACUACAACAUAUUACAACACCACAACAUACUACAACACAACAAACUACACCACAUACUGCAACACAACAUACUACAACAACACAACAUAUUACAACACAACAUACUGCAACAUGACACAACACAACAUACUACAACAACACAAUUCCAUCAGUUAAAAAUGUUCCAUCAGUUAAAAACAUUCCAUCAGAUAAAAAACGUUCCAUCAGUUAAAAAUAUUCCAUCGAUUAAAAACAUUCCAUCAGCUUAAAACGUUCCAUCCAUUAAAAAUGUUCCAUCAGUUUAAAAAUGUUCCAUCAGUUAAAAACGUUCCAUCAGUUUAAAACGUUCCAUCCAUUAAAAAUGUUCCAUCAGUUUAAAACGUUCCAUCAGCAAAAAACGUUCCAUCAGCUAAAGACGUUCCAUCGGUUAAAAACGUUCCAGGAAUUCAAAAACAUUCCAUCAGUUUAAAAUGUUCCAUCAGUUGAAAAUGUUCCAUCAGUUAUAAACAUUCCAUCAGUUUAAAAACGUUCCAUCAGUUUAAAAACGUUCCAUCGGUUUAAAACGUUCCAUCGGUUAAAAAACGUUCCAUCAGUUUUAAAAAGUUCCAUCAGUGAAAAACGUUCUGUCAAUUUACAAAUGUUCCAUCUGUUCUGCCCCCAGUGAAACUGUUUAAUUCAUGUGUUUUAUUAAAAGGUUUAAAAAUAUGUUCUUAAUAAGUUAGUCAUAAAACAUCAUUUCAUGUGUGAGAUUUGAAGCUACAAAGGUUAAAAGUAAUCAAUUUAUAUGUUUGUAUUGCCUGCAGUCAUUUCAAGGUAUUUUAUUUUGAAGCCAUUCACCGAAGUUGUGUGUAACAGGAAGUCCGGCCUAGCUACUCAGUAACAACCAUCGGGUAACAACGUACUGAAGCCUCCUCACGCUCACAAAUGCACCAUACUGCUCAUGUCCUGCUGUAAUCAUUUUUUCUUCCCAUCGAAAGCAAUGGCUGUAAGUGUAUCCUGCGUUUAAAGACUGGUUUGAGUGUGUUCUUAGCUUGUAUAGAGAUCGUUUUGUAUCUAUUUUCUCUGCUAGUAGCAUUAGCAUAGCAAUGGCGGCGCUUACGACGUUAUUAGCAUUUCAAUAGAUCGCCAGUAUGUGUCAAUGACCUCCGUAUGAGGCUGAGCCUUUCUGUAGGCCUUUAUUUGUUAUACCAAGGCGCUAAUAUAAGUUUAUUUAUGUUUGUUUUCAGUUUUCACUCGUCUUUUCUACGAGUCAACAUUGUAAUGAAUAAAAGGAGCAAGACGCUCAAGCUACCUGGCUCAUGAAACGAGUUUGGCUUGCUGUUAAUCUACGUUCACGUACACCUUGUAUCCAACACGUAGUGAUAGCAGUACAGUGAAAAAGCCAUACCAGCAGUUGGUGAAGGAUAAAUCUCACAGCACAAUGUUGGACAACUCUCAAGAGGAGAUAGCAGAGGAACAGGCUACCUCAGAAGUCAAAGUGUCAUCCAAAGCUAGUGCCAGCUCCAAAGGCUCUACCAUCAAGUCUUCAAAGUCCAGCGUAUUGGAAGCAGCCAUUUUAGCACGUGCAUCUGCAGAAGCCACAAAUGUUAAAGCCUCAUACAGCAAGAAACAAUUAGAAAUCAAAAAACAACAAGCAAAGCUAGAACUGGAAAAGGCAACACUCGAGGCAGAUUUGGAGAUACUGGAGAUGGAGAAAGAAGCAGCAGCUGCUACAGCUAAAGCAGAAGUCCUAGAAGCUGCUGCCGCUGCAGAACAAGUUGAAGGAAAAAGCGUAAAAAGUGGAGUCCCACCACAAGUCAUCAAGCAGAGAACUAUGGAAUAUGUGCAACAUCAAUCGCAGCUAAAGUCACGGGUGCAAGACAAAGCAUCUCAAGAGCUCUCAGUGAAGGCACAAGCAUUUACUCCAAAGAAAUACGAACAGUAUCCCUCUCCUCCAACACUCAAGAAAAUGUAUGUAAAAAAUGAAACUCCCUUCAUAGAAAACUAUGUCAAACCAAACAGUUGCUAUGCUUCCCACCAUAGUGACCCACCCAUGGCAGACUUUGCUAGAUUUCUCGCCCGCAGAGAGCUUAUCACAACAGGGCUCUUUAAGUUUGACGACACCCCUGAAAACUUUAGGGCAUGGCGUUCUUCUUUCUUAAGUGCAACUGCAGAUGUCGAUCUCACAUACAGCCAAGAGUUAGACCUCCUUGUCAAGUGGCUUGGUAAAGAGUCCUCUGAGCAUGUUAAGAGAAUCAGAGCCGUCUAUUCAACUAAUCCCAAAGCCGCUCUCCAGUUGUCAUGGGACAGACUGGACGAAUGUUAUGUUACACCAGAGGUGGUCGAAAACGCCUUAUUCAAAAGACUAGACAAUUUCCCUCGCCUUACAAACAGAGACAAUGUAAAGCUCAGGGAGCUUGGAGAUUUGCUCUUAGAACUGCAGGUCGCCAAAGACGAAGCUUAUCUCCCAGGCCUUGCCUACCUCGACACACCCCGUGGUGUUAAGCCCAUAGCCGAAAAGUUGCCGACAAGCCUACAAGACAAAUGGCUGCACAUAGGCUCAAAAUACAAACAAAAAUAUGACGUGUCCUUCCCUCCCUUCUCAUAUUUUGUCAGGUUCAUCCAAGACGAAGCAAAAGCUAGAAACGACCCUAGUUUUGUGACAUGCAGUAGUCACUCUUUCGUCAAAGGUGAGAAAACACAAUUCAAACAGACUAGUCACAAAACACCUCUAACUGUAAACAAAACAGAGGUCAACAAUACUCCUCCAGCUAGUCCUACAGAGGACGAUCAGACACGGUACUGCCCGGUCCACAAGAAAACACAUCCUCUUGCAAAAUGUAGAGCUUUCCGGACCAAACCACUACAAGAAAGGCAAAAUAUUCUCAAGGAACAUAAACGAUGUUUUCGCUGCUGCUCACCCACACACUCAGUAAAGGAUUGUGACGUGAAACUCAAAUGUGAGGAGUGUCAAAGUGAAAAACAUUGCACUGCUAUGCAUCAGGACACAAGUCAGCAACCCCAGCCAGUAAACACACCUGAACCAGAGCCUCAGCCCCAAGACGACACACCACCUGAGGUAACGUCACGGUGCACUGAGAUUUGCGGUGAAGGCUGUCCUCCACGUUCUUGCUCAAAAGUAUGUCUUGUUCGAGUUUUCCCUAAAGGCCAACCACAACGCUCUGUCAAGAUGUAUGUGGUCCUUGAUGACCAGAGUAACAGCUCGCUGGCCCGUCCCGAAUUCUUUGAUACAUUUGGGAUCAAAGGUAGCCCUCUGACAUACCAUAUGAGAACGUGUGCUGGUCUACCUGAAAUGCUUGGCAGGAAGGCAACAGGGUUUCAAAUCGAGGCGCUAAGUGGAGGCCCACGCAUCGACCUCCCUCCUCUCAUCGAAUGUGACGAGAUAGUCUUCAACAGAAAUGAAAUACCUACGCCUGAAGUCGCACUUGCUCAUGCUCACUUGAAACACCUCGCUCCUCUCAUUCCCAAGUAUGAUCCAGACGCUCAGAUUGCAGUUUUGCUGGGCAGAGACAUUAUACAAGUCCACAAGGCACGGCAACAAGUUAACGGACCCCACAGUGCACCCUUUGCUCAGCGCCUGGACUUAGGCUGGGUAAUAGUGGGUGAAGUGUGCCUCAACGCUCAUAAGCCAACUGUCAAUGUCUACAAAACCCACAUGCUUUGCAAUGGUCGUCCAUCGCUCCUCACCCCUUGUCCUAACAGCAUCAACGUCAAAGAGUUACCAUGCUACGGCGGGGAGCGCAAAAAUAACCUCUGUAAACGCAACUCAAAACCCCACAUGACAGAACAAGGACUUGGGGACAAAGUUUUUGAACGCACAGAGAAUGAUAACAAAUGUGCAUUGUCUUUUGAGGAUGAGACUUUUCUUAAGAUAAUGGAGAAAGAGGUUCACCAAGAUGAAAAUAAGAACUGGAUCGCUCCUCUACCUUUUAAGUCCCCUCGCUUGCCUCUUCCAAAUAACCGAGACCAGGCUCUUUCAAGACUCAGCUCAUUAAGACGCAACUUAAUCAAAAAUCCUUAAAUGAAAGAACAGUUCUCAGAGUUUAUGGACAAGCUUUUCGAGAACAAUCAUGCAGAGAUCGCUCCACUCAUCAAUGACGACACUGAGUGCUGGUACCUGCCCAUUUUCGGGGUAUAUCAUCCUCAGAAGCCAGGCCAAAUACGUGCAGUCUUCGACUCAA